AUGACGAUGAAUACAAUUAUGUCAAAAAAUAAUGAUCACGUAAAGAGACCAAUGAAUGCUUUUAUGGUAUGGUCUCGAGGACAGCGGCGAAAGAUGGCUCAGGAAAACCCGAAAAUGCAUAACUCGGAAAUCAGUAAACGUUUGGGACAGGACUGGAAACUAUUGACUGAAUCAGAAAAGAGGCCGUUCAUCGAUGAGGCCAAACGGUUGCGGGCGCUUCACAUGAAAGAACAUCCCGAUUAUAAGUAUCGACCGCGUCGUAAGCCCAAACCAAUGGUCAAAAAAGAUAAUGGCUAUUUGGGGACAGCCCCGACAUAUAUUAAUCCUACAAUGAGCGCAUCAUUUGAUCCAUUGGGUCGAUUCACAGCAUUUACAUCAGUCGCAAGUGAUGUACCGGUAAGUGUGACCGGAAUGUCCCUCGAAAGUGAAAAGGCGGCCACCGCUCGCUCUUUUCCAUUAAGUGUACCGCCAUUGUACGCACCGGGAGGUCAUCUGAAUGCAAUGGCCAACGCUGUUAAAAAUAAUCAUUCAUUAACGCCGUCAGCCAUGAAGACAAACGGCGAUACUUUCGGCAGUUUCCCUUUUGGACCUCAGUUUUACUCAUCGGCUGCUUCUUCAUUAUUAUCGUCACUGUCAGCUCAUUCCCAUCUGAAUACUACACAAUCUUCAACACAUCCACAUCAAUACAACUUACAUCCCAGUGCUUGUGGCACAUAUCUUCCCACACCGGGCUACCAUUUACCACCAGUGACCAGUCAUUCUGCGGUCAACUCACAAAUCAGUGCUGACCUGAGGAACAAUCCGUUUGCCGCCGCGUAUCUCAUGUCAAGUCUACCUAAAGUUGACGACCGAAUGUCAAGUUUGCAUAAGCUAUCGCCCCCUCCUAUUGUUUGA